AUGUACGUUCCACGCACCCGCUUCCGCCCGUCGCACUCCCUUCCGCGCGCCUGCACUCCCUUCCGCACGUCGCACUCUCUUACGCCCAUCAAACUCCCUCCCGCCGUCGCCCUACUGCCCGUCACUCUCCCUAGCGCACGUCGCACUCACUUCCGCCGACGGCCUCCCUUCCGCCCGUCACCUUCCCUUCCGCCCGUCGCACUCACUUCCGCCGUCGCCAUCCCUUCCGCCCGUCGCCCGUCACCUUCCCUUCCGCCCGUCGCCCUCCCUUCCGCCCGUCGCCCUCCCUUCCGCCGUCGCCAUAGAUUCCGCCCGUCGCCCGUCGCCAUGCCUUCCGCCCGUCGCCCUCCCUUCCGCCCGUCGCCCUCCCUUCCGCCGUCGCCAUCCCUUCCGCCCGUCACCCUCCCUUCGUCUCGUCGCCCUCCCUUCCUCCCAUUGCCCUCCCGACCACCCGCCGCCCUACCUUCCCCUCGUCGCGCUCCCUUCCGCCCGUUGCCCCCCUUUGUCUCGUCUAGGGUCCCCGCUGCUCAUCGCCCUCCCUCCCGCUCGACCCCUCGCAAUCCCCUCACGCCCCCUUUCCAACCAACACACACGGUGGCCCUUCCCCUAAUGAUCGCCUUUCACCACCACACCGCUUACCUCUCUCCUUCCCCACACCACCUUUGGCCUUCCUCCCCCAAUCCCCUUCCCUGA